UAGUGUCCGGAAUAUACCUCUGGCUUGCUGUGCAGGUUACCCUCUCCCACGGCGCCCGCCAGCCGCAGGGUGACAGUCCGCGGGUGGGAGGGCGCCAUGGAGGCGCCGCCGCCCGCGCCCCGCAGCUUCCUUUGCGGGGUCUGGCGUCCUUUCCCCCGAGUCUUUGCCGCCGGUGCUGUGGCUGCGGAUUCCCAAGGUUUUGUGAAAGAUCGGGAGCUGCAUCCUUACGUCUCUGCACCCGGUUCCCCGGAAUCCGGAUGGGACCGCAUUCGGCAGCUGUUUGCCAAAGAUGAACAACAGAGAAUUUCAAAGGAAGUUGACUAUAUCUGCAAGGCAGCAGUUUCAGCAGGCAUCAUUGGCUGGGCAUAUGGGGGAGUGCCUGCUUUUAUUUAUGCUAAAAACCGCUACAUUGAGUAUAGCCAAGCGGAGAUUUAUCAUAACCGAUUUGAUGCUGUGCAAAGUGCACACCGUGCUGCGAUGAGGGGCUUCAUUCGGUAUGGUUGGCGUUGGAGUUGGAGAACUGCAGUCUUUGUGACUAUAUUCAACUCAGUGAACACUGGACUAAGUGUGUAUCGAAAUAAAGAUGCCUUGAGCCAUUUUGUCAUUGCAGGAGCUGUCACAGGAGGUCUUUUCAGAGCAAACUUAGGUGUUCGAGGCCUGGUGGCUGGUGGUAUAAUCGGAGCUUUGUUGGGCACACCUAUGGGAAGCCUGUUGAUGGCCCUGCAGAAGUACUGUGAUGAGACAGUUCAGGAGAGAAGACAGAAGGACAGGAAGGCUCUCCAUGAGAAGAAACUUGAAGAGUGGAAAAGAAACCUGCAAGUCACUGAGCGCCUCCCUGAGGAAAUUGAAAGUGGCUUAGAGAAGAUUCGCCCUGAGGAAGAUGCUCAGCGAAUCGAGGAGCUGCUAAGCCUCCCUAGGAACCCUUUGUCGUUGUCAGAGAAGCAAAGCAAGGACUGAGGAUGAGGGCUCUUUGUGUCUGAGAAUGCCAGUGUCAUUCCUUUGUCAGCCUGCUGACAAACGUGAGUGCUAG